AUGAGCGACAAAAAGACGGGUAUCACCGUUUUCUCUGGAGGCACCGCUGCCAACAGUCUUGUUGAUGUGUUCAACGGAAUCAUUGAAAAGAAGAAUUGUCAACUCAACUACAUCAUCCCAAUUAGUGACAAUGGAGGAAGUUCGUCCGAGUUGAUUAGGUUCAUUGGAGGGCCAAGUGUUGGUGAUAUCAGGAGCCGUCUCGUCCGCCUGAUCCCAAACCCCUCCAAUAACCAAGAAAAAGCCGCCCUCAAAGCGCUCUUCGAGUACCGUCUCCCCGGUGAUCCAUCAAAAGCCCGUAUAGAAUGGCUCGACAUCGUCGAAGCCCGCCACCUUCUCUGGGCCUACAUCUCGUCUCCCAAACGAGAACUCAUCCGGUCCAUCCUCAACACCUUGAACCUCGAGAUCGUCAAGCGAACCCGACCAACGUCCACCUUCAACUUCGCCGAAGCCUCCAUCGGCAACAUGUUCCUGACCGGCGCCCGCAUCUUCUCCGGCUCCUUUGAGUCCGCCAUUUACCUCCUCUCCAUGAUCUGCUCCAUCCCGCCCAACGUCAGUGUCCUCCCUGCCAUCAACUCCAACGUCACGCACCACAUCUCCGCCGGCCUCGAAGACGGCACGACCAUCGCGGGGCAGGUAGCCAUCAGCCACCCGAGCGCGCCCACCGCUUUGCCAGACGACGUCAAGAUCUCGCUGGCCACUCCCUCCUUCCCUCCCUUGUUACACGGGGGACACGGCCACGGCGCUCCUCCCUCCUCGGCAAACCUUCAUCCCGCCGCCAUGGCCAUGGCUAUGCAUGACGGCGGCAUCUUCAAGCUCCCUCCUCAGCAUUUGACCGUCCCAUCUACUGCUGGAUCCUCCACCGCCGCCUCCGUAACCACGUCGUCCUUCUCAGCAACCACCACCCCAACCAGACCCAC